UUAUAAUAAUCUCAUGAUAUUUUCAGGAAAAAUGUCUGGAGUGACGUUAUGCCAAGCAACUCCUGGUAAAUUAAACAAGGUGAAGACAAGUAUCAAAUCUGUCCCGGAGCUACGGAAACAAGCCGCUGAACUAACCAAGCUACCGGAGGACCGGAUUCGUUUGCUCUGGCAGGGAAACCUAGUCUCCGAUGGUUUUGAUGUGAGUAAACUGACGAAUAGUCUGGUUAUGAUUGUUCCCAUGGCUCCAGCUAGACCCGCUCAGGGUCCUGCUCCGGAACCUGUUCAUGCUUCGGAGGAGGAGAUUCAACGGUUUAGAGUGGCGUUCGGGUCCGCUAUAAGGAACCCGGCUUUCUCCAAGGUAGUAAAAAGAAUGGCGUUGCGUGAGAACAUGGAUAAUUUAUCUGCUGCUUGCCCAGGACUAGGAGAAGAUCUUGUAGCUCAAGCUUUCCUCACUCGUCCUGAACUACUGAUUCAGCUAUUGGAUCUAGAAACUCUAAAAAAGAUCGGAGAAACUCAUCCAGCCUUGUGUGAAGCUGCGCAUAACCUUGCUGCUGCGGUUCAUGAGGAGCAGGCAUCUUCGGGUCGAUCAGCUGCAUCAGAUGAGUCCGGAGAACCUGAACCAGGCAGUUACUUCCUUGAUGAGCUAAGUGAUGAAGAGAUGGAGGAUGAGGAACAAGGUCCCCAGGCCGGACGGACAGGUCGUGUUGCUCCGAUUACUCCGGAGCAACUUGCUGCUGCUUUAGCUGCCGCUGCCGGCUCUGCUAAUCCUUUCAUGGGAGUAACAGGGCUAGGUCUAAACCAACCUGGAGCACAGAGGAGUUCAACCAGUACAGCGUCAUCUUCUGCUCAAACUACUCCGUCGAGUCGUCUCACAGCUGAUAUGUUCCAGGCCGCUAUGCAGCAGGCUAUGCAGGUGAUGGAUGGAUCAAACAGUGCUCAAUCCUUUGCUCCGACUCCUAUUCCGCAGAUGGAUUACUCCAGUCAGCUUGCUACCAUGAAAGAAAUGGGUAUAAUAGACGAGGGGUUAGCAACACGCGCUCUCCAGGUUAUGGGUGGAGAUAUUCAAGCUGCUGUGGAUCUUAUAUUCUCCGGAUGGUUGGGAGAUGAAGAUGCAAUGCAAUGAUGAAUCUUAACUAAUUUUGGAUGUUUUAUCAUCGUUAUUUAAAAUUAUCAUUAAUCUUAAUCCGUAGAAUCAAAUCAAGUUUAAAAUAAAUUCUUGUAAUGAUUUCAGAAA